AUGAACCAAUCGGACAAGAAGAAUGAUUUCCAAUCGAUGUAUCGUGAAAUCAGAGAACAACAAAAUGAAGCUAAAGACAAUUUUAUGAGACAACACUACGACAAGCUGCCGUCGUGGUCUCGUCAAGAAAUGGAUUCUGGUGUACUUGGGUCACAGCAUGCGACAUCAGGAUCUGCUUUGAAUCAGGUCACAUGCAUAGAACUUCAUUAG